GGGGAUGGCGGCCGCCGCCGCCGCCGCCGCCACGGCUAUUGAUGGCGCAGCAGGGUGCAGCUGGCGGGGCGGUGUUACAGCCGCAGCAGGUUGGACGGGUACGUCAGCCACUCCCGCCGCUGCCGUUGCCUGUGCAGCAGAGGACGGCAGGUGGCAUCGUCCGUGACGCCCUAACCGGCCAUAGUUUACCUCUGUUUUUGCAGCAUGGUGCACCGUAUGGCUCAGGGACAGGCGGUCAUGAGGAGGAAGACGAGGGGGAGGAGGGGGAGGCAAAGGAUGCCUCCAGCGGAAAGCCCGUCCCUGUCAUCGUGCCUGCUGAUGCUACGUUGGCGAAGCGCAGCUGGUGCUGUUCGAAAACCAAGACAGUUACUUCGAUUUGUCGUGGGUGUCUCAAACGAUGGCAUCGCCACGUCGACCAUGGGAUGAUCGACCUCAACAACGAUCGCUUCACUUGCUGCUUCUGCGAUACCAAGGCGAAAUCGGCAUGUCGGUGUCACGCGUGAGUACCCAAUUUCGUUUUCCGCUGUUCAGAGUCUUUGUUCAUUAGCAAUUCUGUGUUAUGAUGUGACCAAGAGUAAUGUGCCAGAUCGAGUUCUCGGAUGCUUCUCGCGCACGUGGGUUUCACCCGUUUCGAUACCAACCACCCAUGUGGUUUUUACGAGAGGAAUAUGCAACAAUAUCUCGACUUCCACAGCGCUCUCGCAGUCUGGUAGGUUGUCACAUGUUUCCACCUAGCUGCUCCGGGACUGUUGCUGGUGAUCUAUAUCGACUCCAACUUUUCUGGUUGCUUGACCAUCGGUGUUUGUUAGGGCUUCACCCUCUCGCCGUGCGACCAAGACCGAAGUGUCCACAAUACGACCUGCUCUUGGGGUGUGCACUGUAAGUUACUCAAUUCCCCCCCUCUACUUUUCCCACCAUCACAUGCUUCGUACUCGAACAGGUGCAACAAGAAGAAAGCUGAUAAGCGAGCGGCAUCCCAACGAGCUCAAACCGGCCACAUCCACGGGAGUAGCGUCUCCCGAGUGGUUCACCGUCAGACUCGAACCAGCGCUUUCAAGCUCCGUCUGCCUCUCACGGUCGCGGCGGGCAACUCUAGAGAUAGAGAGAAGGCACUGUUUUCGGUCUCUACUACCGCCCGCGGCGACCGUGUCAUGGUCGUCACCGACGUCACCGCCGAGCAACCUGGUGCGCCUGCAAGCUGCAUCGUGAACUGCUGCGAUAACCGAUGCCACAACUGGGCACACGUCGAGACGGAUU